ACUUUGUGGUUGUGUUGGAUUCUAGAUGCUGUGCUAACUAUUGAACCCAGCUCGUCCAGUUUUUUCAUUGGAGAGUUUGUUACCUUCAAAUGUGACAUGAAUGAAGGAGAAGACACUGACUGGUAUUACGAAAUCAAGAAGGACGGUCGAGAAUUUGUGCCCUACAACACAGAACAAAGACUACAGAUUUAAAUUAUAUCUACACGUGACAGUGGUGAAUAUCAGUGCUCUGGUAGCUUGGUGAGCUCACAUCAUAUAAAGAACAGUAAUACUGUCUCUAUAACUGUAUUAGCAUAUAGACCCAGGGCCACACUGACAGCAGCAACAACAAUCAUACCAGUAGGGGGCAGUGUGACACUGACCUGCUCUGUGCAGAGCUCUGAUGGAUGGAAAUAUGAGUGGUUCAGACGAACCCAAACAACCUCUGAAGUUCAAAUCAGAGAUCAACAAAACAGAGAUAUCAGAGUAUCUGCAAGGAGGAAUCUACAGCUGCAGAGGAACAAGAGGAAACCCAGUUUACUACACUGAUAGAAGUGAUGAUGUCACCAUUGAGAAAACCUCACAGUCCAGGACUCUGUUGAUCGCUGGACUUCUUUGUGGAAUUUUACUGAUUCUUCUUCUUCUUCUGCUGUGUUACAUCAAGCUGUUAAAAGAUAAAUCUUUUAUCAGGACUCAGAGGACAAACCAGAGCUCUGCUAUGAAACACAGGAUCAACCAGAGUGAAGCUCAACACAGCCAAAACACUUCUCUCCAAGGUGAUGCUCGUAUAUAUGAAUCAAUCGGAGACUACGAUGACAGAGAAAAGGCAGAAUGCGGGGAUUUCACAUAUUCUUUGAUUGAGCUUAAAAACUUCACUAAGAAAGAUGACAGCCUGUUGUACGCAGAUGCCACCUACAGUAAGGCUGAAUGUAACAGUGACAAAAGUAAGCAAAGCAAUAAAAUAGGAGAAUCAGCCACUGAAGCAGCCGACGAAGGGGUUUAUUCUGAAAUCAACCCACAAACACAAGGAGCUUUCAUGUUGUGACUGUAAUGGUUAUCAAAUAGGUUUUAAAGAAAGUAAAUGCAUUACCAAAUCACCUUUAACCAUUUAAUAAUCAUGAUUAUGUAUUUUCAAAAGAAGCAAAAGCAGAUGAAUGCAGAACAGAAUUUACUUUAUUUCACAUGAAUUUUACAAAGCAUUGAAAAAAGAAAUGAGAGGAAAAAAGUUUUUCCCCUUUUUUAUAAAUCAGUUUAAAUGAGCUUUAUCUAAAAGUGAUGAUGUGGCUUUAAGUUCACUUUUUUUUCACUUUCACACGAGCAGUUAUUAAACUGCAUUAUUGAUACAUGUAUAUGUACUGAUUUUCUAUGUCUUUUCUAAAUAUUUUUGUUUCCCUGAAUGGAUUAAGUAUCAUUUGAAAAAUUAUAUAUUUUUUUAGUUUUACAAACUUCUAAACUGCAGGCAGGUUUUUCAUUGUGUUAUCUGAUUAUGUGUGCCAUAUAAACACACACUUUAUAUACUGUGACAUGUUGAGAUCGGGUGAAUGGAGUCCCCCGCUGUGCCUCUGGAACAGUGUGUUUCACAUUGAGUUUUAAAGAAGCUGUGUUUACUGUAUUUGUUACAGUAAUAAAGCUGCUAUUGUUCCAAUCUUGUUUUCACUUACAGUUAUUGUUGUUGGGUUGGUGGAAUAGAGAUGUUACAUCAUGAGUGAAGUUAUGUGCAGAGUUAGAGCCCUUUAGAGGCAAAGUUUGAGUGUCUUUAAAUGCUUAAUAAAAUCGUGUCCCCCUUUGUCUUCAUAUAUAGUGCAGCUGUCCAUGGGACUAAAGUUUCACUUCAUUCAAAGUUAAAUAAGAUUAAAUUUGCAGCCUUCAUUCUAUUUUUGACUUCUACUCGUUUAUGUUUCACGUUUCUGUUGUUGUAUAAAUGAA